UGGUUGUCACCACAUGGGCAUCCGGAUACAGAGACCAGCGUGGUUCGUAGAGGGUUUACAAUUUAUGUCUGGCAUCAUUAAUUAAUUGAAAUGACUGAAAGUAAAGCAGAAGCGGCUCCUAAGCCGGCUAAAGAACUGCUGGCUUUGAAUCCCAAACAAGAGUCUGAGUUCAAGAAGAAGGUGCAGGAGGUGAAGAAGAACAAAUCCAGCAAGGGGAUCCGUUUGACCCCUGGAGUGAUUUAUGUCGGGCACCUGCCACUCGGGCUGUUUGAACCUCAGCUCAAGACGUACUUCGAACAGUUUGGGAAAGUCCUGAGGCUGCGGCUGUCCAGGAGUAAGAAGACAGGUGGAAGCAAAGGUUACGCAUUUGUAGAGUUUGAUUGUGAUGAAGUAGCCAAAAUUGUUGCAGAGACCAUGAACAAUUACCUCAUGGGAGAGAGACUCAUCAAAUGUCACAUGAUUCCACCAGAGAAGGUGCAUGAGAAGCUGUUUGUUGGCUCCCAAAGGGAAUUUAAAAAACCCUCAUAUCCUGCUGUAGCCCGCUACAACAAGAAACGCUCCGCAGAGCAGAUCAGCAAGCUGAAAGACAAACUCCUGCGGAAAGAGUCGAAGCUCCGCAAGAGACUUGCAGCACACGGCAUUGACUAUGACUUCCCCGGAUUUGCUGCCCAGGUGCCUCAGAAGAAAACGCUGUCUGAUUCCAUGAAUGCGUCUACAUGUAGUGAUGACGCCACACCAGUCUGCACCCCCUCUCUCCUGGAGAGGAGGAAGUCCAUGGUCAUCGACGAUGAUGCAGAUGACGAAAUUGUCAUAAAGAUGCCAGCUGCAAUGAAAGAUGAAGAGUGCUCCUCGGAGGAGGAAGACAGUGACAAUGAGGAUGAUGACUCAAACAGCGAGGAACCCUCUGAAGAGGACGCAGAGGCGGAGUGAAAGUCUUAUAGUUUUAUUGUGGACUUGGUUCUCUGGCUCUCAGAGGACAGAUGCGCAUCAGGAUCACGUAUGGUCUUGAAAUUUGCUUUGAGAGUCGCAGGACAACUUUGAACUGUGUUUAGAAAUCACAGUGUCUUUCAGUAUGUGGAUAUCACAUUACAAGAAGCUUUAUGAAAGAUUCCACCAUAAUUGUGGGUAUUACAUUAGUGGGUACCGUGGAUGUUGCUUGCAAAACUAUCAUACUGAGCCUGACAUAUGGGCACCAGUUCUGCCUGGACUUCUUUGACAAGGGCAAAUGUUCAUUUCAGUCUUGGAGUAGGCUGUUUCCUUUGCCAUACAGGGCUAUAAUGUUGCUACAAAACAGCAACAUUAUUAUUAUUUUUUGCUUUAUAACCACACUUGGUUAAAUGUGUACUAUGUAAACUAUGAUCUUUAAAAAUAAAUGAUGAGAAUAUA